CGUAUUCUGUUUCAAAUGUCUUAGGCCAUGUCAUUUAUUGUCCAAAGUCCUCUUUCACCGUCAUUUAUUGGACGUCCAAAGUCCUCUUAAUUAACAAACCUCCCCCUAUUCAGAUUCUCUCUUUCAAUCUCCUCCACCAUCUGUGCCUCUUGUUCCUCCUCGAAUUCCUUUCUCCAUGUUCUUCAGAAAGCCCUCCCCAACUUCACCCCUAAAUUCUCUACCAUGCACCGAAAAAUCUGAAAGCCCAAAAUCCAAAGACACCCACCACCACAUUAACACCACCGGAUUGCUAAAAUUCACUCUCUUCACAUCUCUCUUAAUCGCCGCUUCAUGCCUCCUCAUACUCUACUUCAAAUUCUCCACCCCCACUACCACGGUUACCGCCGCCACAACGACAACCACAAAAACCACCACAACCCAAUGUGACGGAUCAGGCCCAUUCUACAUCUACCCUCUCCCCUCCCGCUUCAAUCUCGGCCUCCUGGAACACUGCCAAAACCUCAACAUAUACACCAACAUGUGCCCGCACGUGGCGAAUAACGGGUUAGGUCAACCCCUCCUCAACUCGGCUAUGAAUUGGUACGCGACGCACCAAUUCAUAGCCGAGAUGAUCAUCCACUCGAGGCUCGAGAAUCACCCGUGCCGCACGUGGGACCCUGAUCAGGCGCUCUUGUUCUACAUCCCCUUCUACGGCGGCCUCUACGCCUCCAGCGUGUUCCGCGAGCCCGAUCACGGGCUCCGCGACGCGCUGGCGGUUGAUCUGAUGGACUUUGUAACAAAUCAGCAGCGGCGGUGGUGGCAGCGGCGCGGCGGGGAGGACCAUUUUUUAGCGCUGGGGAGGACUGCGUGGGAUUUUAUGAGGGCGGAUGGUGGGGCCGACUUUGGAGCCAACAUCCUCCUGAAUCUGCCACCUGUCCAAAACAUGUCGGUGCUGACAGUGGAACGACAACCUUGGGAAGGUCAUAACCAAAACGGCAUCCCUUACCCGUCGUAUUUCCAUCCCAAAACGGUAGAUGAAAUGCUGACGUGGCAGGACAGGGUGAGGGGAUUGGAGAGGCCGUACUUGUUCUCGUUUGUCGGUGGGAAGCGCAAAGGGUUGGAGAAGGCUAAGGUUCGAGACGAAAUUGUGAAGCAGUGUGGAGAGUCAACAAGGUGCGAAUUGGUUCAAUGUGGUAGUGGAUCAAGCAAGUGCCACAGCCCAAUGGAGGUGCUUGGUGUGAUGAUGAAGUCCCAGUUCUGCCUUCAAGCACCGGGUGACUCCUUCACAAGAAGGUCAACCUUCGACUCAAUUCUCGCAGGUUGCAUCCCUGUUUUCUUCUCACCACACACGGCGUAUACGCAGUACGCGUGGUACUUGCCGGAAGACAAAGCCUCGUACUCUGUGUACAUUGAUGAGAAAGAAGUGAGUGUUGGGAAGAAGAAGAUUGAGGAGGUGCUUGCUAAUGUUUCGACUGAGAAGGUGAAGAGAAUGCGUGAAGUGGUUGUAAACUUGAUCCCCAGGCUCACGUAUGCACACCCCAACGCGAGUGAUGUUGGGUUCAAGGAUGCGGUUGAUAUGUUACUCCAACGACUGUCUCACCAUGUUCGUGGCAAAAUUCUAAGCUCUAGAAGCGCAGUGAUUUAAUUCAAUUCAACUAGAUACAUAAACCCACCCAAUUGAGUAUUUUUUAUAAAAAUUAAAUAAUAAAUAUACAAUUAAAAUGUAAAUUUUUUACCCUUUAAAAUGAUUUGGUAGCAAUGAAAUUAUAGAAAAUAUUUCAAA